CAGCUCCCGGGCGUGUUUCCUACCAGCCGGGGAGGCAGAGCCUCGACCCGCGAGUCGGGGGCGCCCUGGCGCGGGGCCGCAGCGGAGUGGGAGGUGGACGCGCUGGCGGCGCAGCUCGCCGGCGCCUCCAGCAUGGAGUGGGAGCUCAACUUGCUGCUCUACCUGGCGCUCUUCUUCUUCCUGCUCUUCCUACUUUUCCUCCUGCUCUUCGUGGUCAUCAAGCAGCUGAAGAACUCCGUGGCCAGCACAGCCGGGGCGCUCCAGCCGGGACGCCUCUCGCUGCACCGCGAGCCGUGGGGCUUCGCCCACGAACAAGCGGUGUGAGCCGCCUCACGGGCAGCAGUCCCGGCUUUGAUUAUCCGUGCCUGUGGCAGUCCAGGUUGAUGCUGUCUGGAGUCAAGCGCUGCUUUUGGCUGCUGUGCCUAGGACCCGAGCUGCGGUUGCAGCCUGCAGACUGCAGUGAGAAGGCUACAGCAGUGGGAGAAGGAAGCUUCUCG